AUGGCCAACCGCAAAGAUAGGGUGUCUGAUGAGAAGAAGAUAUGCAUAGCUUCGAAAUUCAUUAACCAAACCCCUCCAGGGGAGCUUAAGGAACUCUGCCAUGAUAUUCGGCGGCUGGUUAAUAAUGACAGUCUCCUCAAAAAAGGGAUAGGGCAGGCAAUUGCUCAAUAUAACAUGCACCAAUUCAUACCAGUGAAGAUAGAAGGGUAUAAAGAUCAUGUUUAUGGUAAAACUAUACAUGGCAAAAAGACCAUUAUCGCAUGUAUUGAAAGUCACCAGUUUCAGCCCAAAAAAUUCUGGAAUGGAAGCUGGAGAUCACAGUGGAAGUUAACCAUCACGCCACCUACAGCUCAGGUAAUUGGAAUGCUCAAAUCUCAUGUUCAUUAUUAUGAGAAUGGAAAUAUUCAGUUAGUUGUCCAUAAAAAUAUACAAGAGUCAUUAACUGUUUUCAGUGAAGAUCAAACUGCGAAGGUGUUUAUUAAGAUCAUAGAGAAGGUAGAAAAUGGGUAUCAGGCAGCAGUUAAUGAAAACUACCACGCAAUGUCACAUACAACAUUCAAAGCCUUGCUCAGACAGCUUCCAAUUACAUGCCACAAAAUCGACUGGAACAAGAUACUUACCUACAAGAUCUGCAAAGAACUCAAGUUUAAACCUACUUAA